CACUCCCACGCCAGAGAUGUUUUUGAGGUGAACGACAGAACUUCAUAAAAUGUGGAUAUGGGGGUUUAACAAUGAUACAGUGACGACAAUUCCGUUUUAAUCAUCAAAAUCUCAACUAUGUAAACUAGUAGAAAAUAGAAGCAUUUGCGCACAGAAAUCGUCAAAACGAUGAUAUGUGGGGAAGCUGUCUAAUUUUUUUUCCCAACCGUGUGCCAUUCGCUUGAGGCCAGACAUGCAUUCCAUUCCAUGAAGAUCCGAAUCCAUGACGGGAUUCGAGCAGCCCUACCUCGCUCCUUAAAGCAUAUUUCACAAGGAGUGAAGGAAAGAGAAGGAGAGAAAGGGUGAACGCGGGACUACAAUGAUCGGAGAAAUUAUCCAAGCCAAUCCCGAGGCAAACUAUCCCCGACCUAACGCGGCGAUCUGCCCGGACUCCCCCAUCUGCUCUGCACCGGAUAACGGGCAACCGUUAUUCGCCAGGAGCGCAUCGUCCAGGAGAGACACCCAGACCUCCAGCGGCAGUGCCAACCCAGAGGAGAGCAGCACCCAGCCCUUAGUCUCGUCUGCUUCUGCCUCUGCCUCAGCCGCUGCCUACAUGAUGACAUCGGGGGAAUUCAUGCAGACUUCACCGCUGUAUGUCCACAAAUCAAAGAGAAAUGCGUUCUACAAAAUGAUGUGCUUCGCCUUGCUUGUCGUGCAAGGUGGCAUCCUGGAUGUGUACCUGAUCGCCUUCACCGAUCUCUACUGGUGCUCCUGGAUUGCCACCGACGUGGUGGUGGUGUCUGGCUGGGGCAUCUUCUUUGUGAAAAACGCCCGGAGCAAGCGAGAGCGCGCGUGUGGCUUCCACCAAAAGAGCUCCAUCUUCGGCUGCAACCUCGGGGAGUUCACCUUUGCAUAUCUGGCCUGGCUCAUUUACGCGAUUGCGUGCACGCCCAAAGUGAUACUUGUUUUGGAGACAUCCAUCCUGGAGAACAUAGCGAUCAAAGUGCCGUUCGGUAUCGAUGGCUUUAAAGUAAUCAUGCUGCUGUCUGUGCCUCUGCUUUACUGCCUCAUCAACGCUAUCAUCGAGGACCUCAAUGGAGCAACGCGUUAUCAUUCCCAAAGUUGUUUUGUGAGUACCUGUUUGGACAUUGUGGACUGUUUCGUCCUUGUGGAAGUCUUGCUCAAGUACGAGGUCCUCAACAUCUACCUGCGUUAUACCAUCAUCUCGGUGUACUUCAUUGCCCUUAUGGUCCCUGUGAUUUGGCUUUAUGAACUGACCGCCUCUGAGAUGAACUGUCGCUGGGUUUGGGCGAGGUUCUUCCCCGGCAUCCUUGUCAAUGCACCCCUGUUGGUGGUCAGGUGUUUCCAUGUCUUUGUUUACAACCUGCCUGUAUCGGUGUUUAUGUUCAAGAACAUCUUCUUCUUGGGCUGCAAGUCAAUAGAGCUGCUGGAGCAGUGCUUUGCAAUGAAAGGUGCCCGGAGGUAUGCCAGCGGAAGCAACCAGGCCCAGUUUUCGCACUGUGUUUCUGAGAACGACAUGUGCCCACAUGGGUAUGUCAACACACUUGCUGUCAAUACGCAGUCCUAGAUGAGGGCGCCUGACAGUCAAAAAUAUUGAUCGUGGCAACAUUGGACUUCACACACGGGAUAGCCUACCGAGGCACCAGAGCAGGUGUUUAAUUUCAGCCUAUCCAAACGCCCAGGGUUUCCAACAGGUGCUAAAACCAAAACAUUCGUCUACCAUAAUAUGCAUUCCAACACCUGUCAGUGACUGGACUUUUUUUCGGAUGCCUUUUACAAGAAUUAGGCCUACUAUCCUCGUUGACCAGUGGUUGUAAUAGUGAUUUGUGAAUUGCAGUGAUUUGCACUUGUAAUUUGUGGGGCACUUUAAGGGUGAGAAAAAGGGAAAAAAAUAUUGAUCAAGUAUUACGCAGGUGCAAUAUGGAUUAUGUGGUGUUCAGUAAGACAUGUCCGAAAUCUUUUUUUGAUGUAAAGUGGUGUUUUAUACUAAUGUCACAUAAAUGUGGUGGAUUUUUUCAAACCAGGGCAACCAGUUUUCUAACGUUAACUCUGAGACCACAUUAUCAUUUGGUACAAUUAGAUGUAUAAACUUCCUCGUAUAGAAAGUAUUUU